GUUGUGACUGUGGUCAGUGUGGGACGUUUUGACCUGUUUAUCGUUCUGCGGGAAAUUUGUAAACAUCGGUGUAUGCUAAAUUAUUUGUUCAGUUUAAUACUUAGGUAAUGGAUACUUCUACAAGAAAAGGUCAACGUUCAACAAUUAAUCAUGAAAAAUUGAGUUCCCAGUUUCCAUUUCUGAGUUUAAAAGCUGCUGAUGUGGACAAGUAUCCUGAUUUCUGUGCCCUGCUGUCAUGUUUAGGAAGCCAUCUCAACCCUGAAUGUUUGACAUUGCAAACACACAGAGAUUUAAAACAGGCUGAAGAGCUGUUGAGGCAUGAGAAGCACUCCUGGCUGCUGCAGAACAUCCUCUAUCUGGAGCUGCAGGAGCUGCUACUGGACUAUGAGAUCAGAAGUCAGGAAGUGUCACUUAGCUCUAGAGACCAGCAGUUCCACAAGGUCCUGCAGCAGUGCCUCACACAGGCUGAGAUCGGUGACUACCUGGACUUCAGUCCAGACCCGAGCUCCAAACUCACCACCCUCGGUCUCACCAGGGAGGAGCUGGACAGACAGAAUCCUUACAAGCAGCAUCUGUCCUCUCUUCAACAAGCUCUCAUACCUGUAAUGGAGGAACGGCUGCGGCGCAGGUGUGAAAACCUUGUGAUGGCUCAUGACCCGCAAAGCACGUCUCAAGAGAGUUCAAAGUUGAUGUUUGCCAAAUCAUCACAACUGCCUGCCAUUGUUGAAGGUGAAACUCUGCAGUUGGCAGAGAACAAACAGAAACUAAAAGAAGAUUAUGUGAAGAAGGAAAAACUCUUUGAAACCUACUAUCAGACGCUGUUAGACUCACUUCAACUACUGGAUACCUUGAUAUCACGCUUCAAGCUGGAGAGACAGGUUGAACAAGACACCAUCACUGCUGAGUGGCUGUACGCAAAGUGUGAUGCAAUGAGCUUAAAAAUCAGGAUGGUCGAGUUACAAAUUCUUACUGAAACCUUUACCUUGGAGACUGUCCAAGCGCUCAGGAAUGUCAGGUCUCAUCUGGAGGAAGCCCACAAGGAAGCUGAGAAGGAGAAGUUGCAUAGAGAGCAAGCGCUGAAGGCUUAUCAGGCAGUGGGCGGGGGCUUUGAGAAAAUUGUGGCAGAGUAUGGACAGUUGUUGUCAGAACUUGAGAACAAACAGUGGGCACUUGCAGAGUUUGAUAAAUCGCAGGGGAAGCAUUCUGUAACUGGAUGACAGUUUGAGACAAUUCAUUGGUGACUGAAUGAACGCGUUUCACACGGCCAUUGUAUCCACUUCCAUGUAGUUUAUUAUUUUAUGUUUCACGUUUUAAAAGAAAAUGCGUAUUUUUAACAUAAUAAACAUAUUAAUUUUA